AUGCGUUUCACCGCUGCCACCGUCUUCGCCCUCGUCUCCCUGGCUGCUGCCCAGGAGACUACCACCACCCCCGCCAUCCCCGGCGCCUCUGAGCUCAGCUCCAUCUUUAACUCCGUCACCAGCGGCCUCGCCUCUGAGGCUUCCGGCAUCGCGAGCAGCGCCGCCGGCGCCGCCUCCUCCGCCGCCGCCGACGCUUCGUCCGCCGUCAACGCCAUCACUUCUUCCGCUGGUGCCCAGCAGAGCUCCCUGAGCGCGGCCCUCAGCUCCGCCACCGACGCUUCCGCCUCUGCCAGCCUAUCCCGCGCCAUCGAGUCCGCCUCCAGCGAGGCUGCCUCCAGGAUCGAGUCCGCCACAGGCACCACCACCGCCCCCGAUGCUGCCGGCGGUGCUCAGCAGACCGCUGCCGUCGCCCUCGGUGCCCUCUUCGGUGGUGCCGCCCUCGUUGCCAACAUGUAA